UUCCAGGAAAUGGGUCCUCCUUUCCCUCUGCAUGCAGGAGAGGCAUUCUCCAAAACAUUCCAAGCAGAACCAGGAGGUGUGCAGAAGAAAGAUUGCUUUGCUCUUGGCCGAUGGAUUAAAGUAAAUGUAGAGAAAAUGGUGCAUGCAGUCAUCAUUAUCAUCAGCGACUGGAGAUGGUCCCUUCAGAUCCUCCUGCUUCCAAAAAGCCCAAAAUAGAUGACUCUGCUUCCCAAUCUCCAGCUUCUACUGAGAAGGAAAAACAGUCCAGCUGGUUACGGUCCUUAUCCAGUUCAUCUAAUAAGAGUAUUGGCUGUGUCCAUCCCCGUCAGCGUCUCUCAGCUUUCCGGCCCUGGUCUCCUGCUGUAUCAGCAAAUGAGAAAGAGCUCUCAACACCUCUUCCUGCAUUGAUUCGAGACAGUUUUUAUUCCUACAAAAGCUUUGAGAAUGCUGUGGCUCCCAAUGUGGCUCUUGCACCUCCUGCCCAACAGAAAAUUGUAAGCAACUCUCCUUGCGCCACAGUAGUAUCACGGAGUAGCGAGCCAAUGAGCAGCACUGUCCAGCCACGGAAAAGAAAACAUGCUGCAGAGAACCCAGCCGUCCCAGAAGCAGUGGCCACUGUUACUGCCACUGAAGAGGAUAAGGAAUCAGAAGCAGAAAUUGAAGUAGAAACCAGGGAGGAAUUCACCUCCUCCUUAUCCUCGCUCUCCUCCCCAUCCUUUACUUCAUCCAGCUCUGCAAAGGACAUGAGCUCACCUGGGAUGCAAGCCCCAGCCACAGUCAGCACUUCGUAUGAGGUUGCAACACAUUCUGACUCUCACAGCAGUGGAUUGGAAGCUGAGCUGGAGCACCUAAGGCAGGCCCUGGACAGUGGCCUAGAUACAAAAGAAGCCAAAGAAAAAUUCCUCCAUGAAGUUGUUAAAAUGAGAGUGAAGCAGGAAGAGAAGCUAAAUGCUGCUUUGCAAGCCAAACGCAGUCUACAUCAGGAGCUGGAGUUCCUAAGAGUAGCUAAGAAGGAAAAACUGAGAGAAGCAACAGAGGCAAAGCGCAACUUGAGGAAAGAGAUUGAACGUCUGAGAGCUGAGAAUGAGAAGAAAAUGAAGGAAGCCAAUGAGUCUCGGAUACGACUAAAGAGGGAACUGGAACAAGCCAGGCAGAUCCGGGUUUGUGACAAGGGAUGUGAAGCAGGCAGGCUUCGGGCCAAAUACUCAGCCCAGAUUGAGGACCUACAGGUUAAGCUUCAGCAUGCAGAAGCUGACAGGGAGCAGCUCCGAGCUGACCUGAUGCAUGAGAGGGAGGCUCGAGAACACUUGGAAAAAGUAGUCAAGGAACUUCAGGAACAACUGUGGCCUAAAGCAAGCAAUCAACCCAGCAGUGAAAACACAAUGAACAACCUUGAGAACUAAAUAACCACCACACCAUCUAAUACACAUUCAGAAUGCUGUAUAUGCACAGUAAGGGAGGAUGUGUGGGGGUACGUGUGUAAGUGCAUGUGUGAGUAGUUGCGUCUUAACACACAUCCAUGAAUACAGACUCUUACAUAGUUGGAAGGCAAAUGUUACUCUUCAUAACAGAAGCACUGAAUUACAUCUUUUUGUUUUUUGAAUCCAUACAGCACAACAUCUUACUGUGCCUAUAAAACACAAAGUGUUUAUAACAAAAUACUUCUAAGUCCACAACAAACUUUCUACUGGCAGACUCCAAGCAAGCAGCAUCGUCCAGCUAAAAUCAGAGUAAAGGCAAGCGUGGCAAUGUUUUUAUGUUGCCUUUCUGCCUGUUGGAACAUUUUGGAAUUUAAAAAACAAACAAACAAACUUUUGUUAUAAGCUAUUUAAAAUAAUUCAUUAUACAGACUUGGUAUUAAAACAAUUAACAAGAUUUUUAUAAUGAACCUUUAAGAGCAAAACAAAAAUCUUCAAUGCACAAUUUUUAAUGACUUGUUAUAGGCUUUGGGAUUCUUAAUGUAGAAGCCCUCUGGUGAUGAUGCCAUUUCAUAGCAGUUUUCCAGCCAUUUAGGAAGCCAUCACAGUUUUAACCCUGUCACAUAGUUGUAUGAGAAUUUCAGAGUGCUUUUCAAAAGUUGAUUUUUUUUUUUCUUAGAAACAAUUAUCUUCAUUUCCUAUGCUGAAGAAAGGAAGAUGUAGGUAAGAGGACUGUAAGAAGGGAGGGGGAGAAGAUGUAUGCUUGAGAAUUAUAAACUCAGCCUUAUGGACUUCAGUGUUUGUAAAUCAUGCCAUAUUCUCUAAAGACAUCUUCAUUAACUGGUGUAUUCAAAAGACUCACUUCAUCCAAGAGCACUUCAGCUUUAGGAAAAGAGAGAAGGAAAUAAAGGAAGGAAAUGGAUGAUCUGUUAAGUUGGUUGAGAAAUAAAGCAGAAGGCACAUGCAUUUUGAAGUCAUUCUGAAAUCUUUACUUCAGCUUUUGGUUUUCUGGAAAACUCGUCUCUGUUGCACCAUGUUACCAUACAUUCAGUAUUUACCUUAUUCUGAACUGCUUGUCAGGAUUACUGUGCCCAAGGAGAGUGCAACAUCACAUUAUCGAAUACUACAGAAAAGAAAAACAACACUUUUGCUGCUGUGAAUAAGCCUACAUUUUUUUUUUUGUUUAUGUUACUUUAAUUUUGGGAUCCAAGCCGCAGCCCCAGAAUAAAAAUGCAGCAUGUCAUCACUUUGUGUUAUUGUUGUUGUUAUUGUUGUUAAUAUUAUUUUUUUUAAAAAAGAACUGCACUUUGUCAGAAACUUUCUUUGCAUUUUAUUCCAUAGUUUUAACGUUUACAAGAUGAGCAUUCUAGAUUCUACCCUGCCUAAUUGAUGUGAAAAAUCAUCGACCCAGUUUUCCAUCAUGUGAUACCUUGUGUCACCAUUUAAAUUUAUGCAAAGUGAGUAUUCAGCAGGUAUAGAAUGCUACCAAAUGAGAAUUAUCCAGAGCAGUGCACUACUGGUUCUGUUUUAAACCUGUUUUUUGCGUGGUGUCUCUAUCAGAAUAUGGGAGGCACUAGCAAGUGCGCUCCCAGAAGUGCUUAUCAAAUACAGUUGGUGCUUUACUGAACAAGAGAAAAGGAUUUAUUUUUUUUUCCACCCACAAACACUCACCUCUUAUACACUCAAGCUUAUGAGCAUAAGGUGAAAAUUUGACCUGGGGCUGCAGAUGUGCCUUCCAGCUCAUUUUUCCUCUCAGCAUGUUAUAUAUAGGAAAUGCUGAUGCUUUUUUAUCUCAAAAAAAAAAAGAAAGGAGAAAAAGAAAACCCUCUGCAUCAUCAUACACAGAAGUUACUGAAAACAAAGAACCAUAUUUCCAGUAGUCUUUAUUUGCUUUCGGACAUUAAUCCCAGUAGAUGGAAAAUGGCUGCCAAUCCUAAAAUUAUAGUAUUUACUUACAGUAUGCGAGAGAGACUUUUUUCAACAAGAGCUGUUUGCUUGAAACCAUUAUAAUAACCAUUGUAACUGUGAGCAUUAACAAGAAGUAAAGUUCAUAUAUAUGUUUUAGGUACAAAAAGAAGAAAUAUGAAAGGAGUUGAAUUACUGGGACAAUGUAGAACUCUGGGGAGCAAAAAACAGUUAUAUCACAUUAAAUUACAUGAAACUGUCCGUUUAUAUAGGGCUUUGCCCUUGUGUGUUUGGGAUGCUGGAGACUGAGUCUAGGUGCAGCUCUCCUCGUCUAAAGUGCAAUGCAAAAGGAAUAUUGAUUAUGCUUAUGCAGUUUUUUUUAUGUGGAUUUUUUUUUGGUGUCUUUUUGUAUGUUUUUUCUGCAAUUAUUAAAUCAUAUGCAUGGAAUUAAAAAAAUCUCUGCCAUACUUAUAUAUUCACUAAGGGGCAUUAUUACUGUCUUAUGUAAAGGGUUUAUUUUGUUAUGCAGUAUGCAUAAAAGUGUUCUCAGCCUUAUGAUUUCCAGAUCUGUAUUAUUCAGUUAUUUCUUCAAGGGAAACUAAAUAAUUUUAACUAUAGCUGAUCUUUUGUAUUUCAAAGAUCUGAUAUAUGCUGUGCUUUAUUGCUAUGUUAAGAAAUUACACAUAGAACAAAAUCUGGAUUUUUUUUUCCCCUCCCACUAUUGGCUUUUUUGAAGCCUUAAUUUUUAAAUUUUGAUUUUUUUUCCUGUCCUCUGAUUGUGUCUCUCCCCUUAUGACUCAACAAAAAAAAAAACUGCAGCAUGUCUGUCUGUAUUUGGUUUUGUUUUGUUUCUACAGGAAAAGUGGCCCACUUACCUGCAGCAUGUCACACAAUUUUUUUCUUGUGUUCCUGGGCGCACACACUGAUUGAUUCACUGGCAUAAUUUCUUCUGUGCAUAUGAUGUUUUUAAUCCUCCAGAAUGAAUAAAUUCUGUAUUUUUUCAAAGAAAAAAAAUAGGAUAGUAAAUAGUCUCAUCAAUAACUGUCUAACAACCAGCAUCACCUCUGUUUCACACUUGGCCUAAGACUUGCAAAAAAGAAUUCUCCAUAAUGAAGUUACAUACUAUUAUGCUACAAAAAAAUGCUGUUUCUUCUUUUGCUGGGUAUUAUGGUAAUUCCAUUAAGUAUAGUAUUUGACUACUGAACUUCAUAAUGUUUGAAGAUGAUUGAUAAGAAUCUUUUAGUAUUUGAUCUUAGGGAGUGUAAACAUCCUAAUAAAAACAUUUCUAUAAAUUACAGUUUAAAAUCAGUAUAAUUAAAUAUGGUGCAGGAAGACUGGGAACAAACCUUCUACACCAGCAGUUAAAUGACAAGAGGGGUUUACAGGUUAGGAUUCUAUCUUAAAUCAUUUUGUGUCUUUCUGAAAUACAUGUUAAUAGUAAAAUCUUAAUAUUUCUGGAGAGUAUGUAAUUUAUUUCUAAUCCAGAAUUCCUGUGCAUGUAAUUUAUUUACAAAUUACUUUGUCUGAAAAAGACCACAGAGACACUAAAUCUAGAAAAUGUCUUUCAAAAUGGUGGGAAUCUUUAGAGGAAAAAUUUCUGUGAUGGUGCUCGCGGUGAGUGAGUUCUGUGUGUAAUUUCUGCUGGCAACACUUCAGUAAAACAAGUGUUAGCCCUUUCAGAUGGACUUGCUCUUCUUUUGACGCACUGUUGGGUCCCUGCUGCAUUCCAUUUGCACUCCAACUGGUGAGUGUAGGAAUUGUAAAGUCACACCUUUUCAUUUUAUCUAUUCUUUAGUUUCCUUUAAGAAGUUUUAAAAGGGAGAAGAGGUGUUUCAUACAGGCUGUUGACUCUCCCUGUACAUAAAAAUAUAUUACUUAAUACUUGUAUAUUCAGUUUAAUUACACAUUGUUUCUAUUUCUGAAAGAAGACUUAACGAAGGGAAAAAAAACAACAGCAAUAACAUUCAUAUCUAUGGAGCAGCUAACUAGUAUACAUAAUAUUCUGCUUUUCAAACAGAACUAACCAUUGUAAAAAAAAAAGUUAAAAUUAAAUUCAACAUGUAAAUACUUUUUUUCAUUUUACACUGUUGUAUUAUAAGUGUAUAUGGUGUUUACUUUUUCAGAACUCUUUCUUACCUGGUAGUUGUCUUGUUUUGAGAAUUGUGUUUUUAACUAAGAACCUUCGCUGUCUGUUAGGAAAAACAACAACAAAAGAAAUCUUUUUGCAAGUUUUAAAUGUGGGUUAACCUUUCUCCAUCAUCAUUUGCAUUGUAUUCAUCCUUAUUUUCAUUGUAAAGUACUUUAUCAAAAGGUUUUAUUUUCCAUUCUACCCUCCCAUCAGUCCCUGUGUUUUAGAAGGCAGUUUUUUUUUUUCUUAAAAGAAAUCAUAGAAAUGACAUUUUUUCAACUGAAGAAAAAUAAAACUUUACAUUUAUAAUAGCCAAUAGCAUUUCAGCACAUUUUUUUUUGUUAUCCUGGUCUCUCCUAUGCUGCUGCUAAUGACAAUAUUAUGACUUACUCUACUAUUCUAGAACUAUUUUUAUGUAAGUAAUGUAUGCUUUCUUGUUUAUAAAUGCCUGAUUUAAAAAAAAAAAUAAGAAAAAAGCUUGGCAUAUUUAUCUAUUUCGCUGUGUACCUUGAUAGUCCUUUUACACCCCCUUUUCCACAUCCCCUCCCCUUGAGGCAGAUAAUAUUGUAAAAUAAAGGACUUUAUGAGAUUAUGUAUGAAAAUAGCUAUGCUUAUAUACCACAGUGACUGAAUGUACAGUGUAUAGAUGCAUUACCUAAAAUAAAAUUGUUUGUCCAGAAAA